CCUCCCUUCCCCGCCCUGAGCCUCGUCGCGAAGAAGCCUGCCGCCACAGUCUCGCUCGGCCAAGAAGCGGCUGCCACCGAGGGAGAAGGCUGAGAAAAGGGAGACGAUGUCCCGCUACAGCUCGGCCCUGACCCUGACCACCGCCGUCCCGAGGAAGCCCGGGCACGGAGCAGGACAAGCCCCCAAGAGGAAGCCAAAUGUUUGUCGCCUGCGCUUAACCCUGCCCCCUGAAGAAGGCUCAGUUUCCCAGGAAGAAAAAAGUGAGACUGAAAGCACAAAAAAGCAAGUCUACCAUGUUCCCAAUGGCUUAUCUGCUGGGAACUUAUCUCACGGAGUGGUGUAUGGUGUGGUGCACAGACCCAGUGACAAUCAUAACAAAGAAAUGGUGGUUUAUGGAUGGUCAACUCACCAGCUGAGAGAAGAAAUGAAAUAUAUAAGAGAUGUAAAAUUAACUUUGGAAAAAGUAAGGAAGAAAAUGUAUGGCGAGUAUGAUGAAAUGAAACGCAAGAUCCAAGAACUUACAAGUGAACUGACAGUAUCAAAUGCUCAGCAAGGAUCACUGGAAAACAACCUACAAACACACUCUGCAGCUCUGGAUAGCUUCAGUGAAAUGAAUAGCUCCUUAACGUCAGCCUCCAUUGAGUUGCAGAAAACCUUGGUUGAUGUUACUUUGGAGAAUACAGUCAUAAGAGAUCAGAUAAAAAGUCUGAAGCAAACACAUGAACAGUCUAUGGAAAAGCUAAAGGAAAAACAAAAACAGCUGGAGACUGCUAAAGUUGAAAAUGAGUUGCUCAAACUCAAGGUGGAAUGCUCGCAAGAAGCAAAUGCAGAAGUCAUGAGAGAGAUGACCAGAAAACUGUAUAGUCAAUAUGAGGAAAAGCUCCAGGAAGAAGAGAAGAAGCAUAAACUUGAAAAAGAAACUCUAAUUGCUGAAACAAAUAGACUGCUCACAGCUAUUGAAGAUGCAAACAAGAGGAUGAAACUUUCAGAAAUCAGUUUACAGGAAAAAGACAGAAGAAUAGGGGAGUUGGAUCGGUUUAUUCAGUGCAUGGAAGAGGAACGCCAUCACCUGCAGAAACAACUAAUAGAGUAUGAAUUACAACUACAUGGAGCAAACCUUCACAGCCAGUCAGGCAGACAGAGGUCACACAAGUUGGAGGAAGUUACAGCUGGUCUGCGAGAACGAAUCAAACACCUAGAUGAUAUGGUUCUUUGCCAACAGAAGAAAGUCAAACACAUGGUGGAGGAGAUUGAGCUGCAAAAGAGGAAGAUGAAACAAAAGGAACUGUUUAUACUACAGCUUUUGGAGAAAAUCUCUUUCCUUGAAGGAGAAAAUAAAGAAUUACAAGACCGUUUGGAUUAUUUGAUGGAGACUCAGUCGAGGCCUAAUGUAGAAACCAGAGAUGUAGGCGUGGGAAGCGACCUUCCACUGAGGAGAUUCCUAUCCAGGCUUCCAGACAAAGGCAAAAAGAUUGCGGAGUUUGCUGAGAAACUGAGGGCGGCCAUAGCGCAAGAAGAAGAGCUGAGGAGGACUGCCAGACUUUUGUCUGCCAUAAGGUUAGAGUUCCAGCAAAAACAGGAGGGAGUAGCCUCCGGAAAACGGGGCGCCGUUCUUGGCAGCAACAACUCUGCGUUUGAGGAUGCUUGCCUUAUUGCCGAACCUUCUUCCGCCAGCAUUCGCAGCAAAGUCAAGUCACCCCUGCAAGAGAACCGAAGUGCUUCGAUCCGGGAGAGGAGCACUAAAAAUAAAACCAAACUCUCAGUGCAGACCAUGGAGGUCUCCCAUAUUCCUCAAGGAAGUUUGGAGACCAGGCACCAAGGAGAUCUCCCAAAAAGCCCAGAGGAUCAGCCUGAAAAUGCAGCACAGUCUGCAAACAGGACCAGCCAGGUGUUAAGCGAUGCCUUUGAACGGCUUUCCUUUGCCGAGAAUGAGUCUGACAGAAAACCUGAAAAGGGACAAAUGGUUCAAAGCAACAGCAACCCCUAUCAAAACCUUCCAAAUGUGCCGCGCAGACCUCCCCAUUACAUUGAAGUACUGGAGCAGAGAGCGAUGAACCCUGUCACAAAGAGAAGCAGAUUCAAGACAAAUGCAUUGCUCACUGAAUCAAGUGGAUCAUCUCAUGGCUCUCCAGAUGUUCCUUCACCUGGAGGUCUCUCUUUAAUUUCGGCAGAGGAAAGAAGAUGUAGAAACAAAAAGCACUUGGAUGAUAUCACAGCUGCCCGGUUACCGCCUCUUUACCAUCAGCCCUCCCAGUUAAUCUCAAUUGGAGAAUCCAUAGCCAUUCAGGUCCAGCAAAAAGAGGCAUAUGAGGAAAUGCAAGCCAAGCUAACAGCCCAAAGGCUGGCCGAAAAGCUUGGCAUCAAGAUGGUCCGCUACGAGCCUGAGGGAGAGAUGGCAGCCAGCUACCGGGAAGUGAAGGAUGAGGAGGGCUACAGCUCAGCUGAGGACUGAGUCUGAAAUAGACUCUGUAGACAUAGCCUGG